AUGCCACAUUUCCAAUGGGGCUUAUAUAAUCUUCUCAAUGAAUUCGUUAAAGUUGCGAUCAGAUUAUGCACAUUGGCUGAAUGGUGAGUUCUAGACUGUGUUGAUUUUGAGUAGAUGACAUUUUUUGUAGCUUUGAAUUGCUCAUGUUUUGGUGUGACUAUAGCUCUAUUGGCCGUUCAUUUUGUUUAUCGCUUUUUUGCAGUUUGCAGGUAUAAAGAUACAUUAAAACGUAUAAUUUUCGUUCAAAAAUUCACAUUUCCAGACCUCAAAGCAUCUCCAUGUUUUCUUUCCCAAAUUCUCUAAUCUGGCUAAUUUUUUGCGCAACAAUCACAAUUAUUUGGUACACCACAACACAAAUCUAUUCCUCAAGGAAUCCCGAACUCGAUCAACUGAUAAACUUCUCCCUGUUAAAAACUUAUAAUAUUCUUCCAAAUGAAAUAGUAUAUCAUGGGAGUUACUAUUAUGUGAGUUCUUAUAAAUAUAAAUUUCUGGAUAAAAAACAUUGAGUUUUCAGAAUCUGGAUUCAAGUGUGAACAUUCAAAACACUCUAAUCACAAUUGGUGUGAACUGUAUGAGUUCAGGUUGCUUGUUAAUAAUCCUAAUUUGCGGAACAAAAACCAAUAUCAAAAUGAAAACUCGAAGAACUGUUUCGAAAAAGUUCGAUGAUUUACAACGCCAAUUGUUUCGAGCCUUGGUGAUUCAAACAAUUAUCCCAUUUUUCACCAUGUUCCUACCGGCAUCGCUCAUAUUAAUCCUCCCAAUUUUCAAAAUCACAUUAGGAUCUUCGGAGUUAUUGAUAAUGGUUUUUAUAACAACUUAUCCAUUGAUAGAUCCUUUAAUUGUUUUGUACAUUGUUAAAGACUAUCGAAAAACCAUAUUUCGAUUUGUGAAAUGCGUGAAGAAAAAUCGAGCGAUUCAAAGUUCAUCGAUUAUUGUCUCUAAUAAAUUGUGA